UUGCAGCAUAGAGGCGCUUACACCCCAACUAGACUGAAUAAACUGAGUCCUCUGGCAGAGACUGAUCUGGGACAGUGAGACUGGCCACACUGACUGUUUGAUUUGGGCAAAAGGACGAGCUGAUAAAAAAAAAAAAACAACCUUGCAACAUGGCUGUGGCAGGCUGCACCAAAUGCAUUAAAUAUAUGUUAUUUUUCUUUAAUUUUAUAUUCUGGCUGGCCGGAGGUGUGAUCUUAGGAGUGGCCCUGUGGCUCCGCCAUGACAGUCAAACCAGCAACCUCCUCAUACUUCAGUUUGAAGGCCAGCAGGCACCAGGGACCUUCUAUAUCAGUGUGUACAUACUGAUAGCUGUUGGGGCUGUGAUGAUGCUUGUGGGCUUCCUCGGAUGUUACGGUGCCAUUCAGGAAUCUCAGUGCCUGUUGGGGACAUUCUUCUUCUUUUUGGUGAUCCUCUUCGCUUGUGAAGUGGCUGCAGCAAUCUGGGGUUUCAUGAACAGGGACACAAUCUCCAAAGAACUGAUCAACUUCUACGACUCUGCGUACAUCAAGGCUGUGGAUGUCUCAGGUUCUCCCAGUAAAGACUCUGCCAUCAAGGUCCUGGAUGUUUUCCACACUACGCUCGACUGCUGUGGUAAAGGAGAUGACACCGCUCUCUUCAAACAAGUCGUCGGUACCUUGUGUCCCAGAAAAUCUCCAGAAGAUUUUCUGAAAUCUCAGAGCUGUCACGAUAAGCUGAUCGAGCUGUUCUCGGAGAAGCUCUACCUGAUUGGUCUGGCCGCCUUAGCGGUUGCCGUCAUCAUGAUCUUCGAGAUGAUCUUCACCAUGGUGCUCUGUUGUGGGAUCCGUAACAGCCCUGGGGUGUAUUAGCAACACAUCAAUCCACUUCAGCCUAUAAUGGAAUUAUUUUCUUAUGUGUUUCUGUGCAUCAGCUCCUCUUCCUUGUGAUUAUAGCAUAACAAGAUGGAUAUCUCUCCAUUUACUUUAGAUUAGAAAAUACAACUUGUUUUUGAUUUUGCUAAUCUGUCAAACACUUGUCUUUCUCACACAAGAAUUUAACCUCUAUCGGUCAGAUGUUCUUUAUUUAUCAAACAACACUUACAUACAGAUAUUUUAUACAUACAGCGUGUUGUGAAAUAUUUCUCUGAAGUCAUUGAACUUAAUGCUGUUUUUAAUGGAUGUAUAAAUUGUAUAUAUACUUUUCACAUGUUUUAUAACACUUGGGAGAGUCCAUGUAUUCCCUGUUGAUUGUUUAUGAUGCAGUGCUGCAGUGUUAUAAUAUAAUUUAAGCAGCAGGGUUUCAGUGGUCUAAGCUAAUGUACCGUCUCACUCUAACGAUUAUCAAGAUGACGAGUUAGCCUGUGUGUUUUUUUAGUCGACUGUGUGUCUCUUCUUUGUGCCUAAUGGAACAUUUUCAUGCCGUCUUCCUUAACUCGUGAAACACUUAAACAAUGACAUAAACAGUAUUCUCAAUCAACUUGUUCUAAUAAUGCUAAUAAAUUAUGUCACCUUC